CUUUAUAAACAGACGGUUCUCCCCGAGCUUCUCAGUGCCUGUGUGACUGUGGUGAAGUGUGACGCGUUCGACCGCUGCGGCUGAGCUCCUCUGAGACCUCUGCCCGGUUGCGUGUAUCUGUGUUGCUAGGAGCUCGAUAAAAAGAUCUAUUUCUCUUCUCAGUUUUCAUAUCAAAAGAAAGUGUCUAUCUCGCUCAAGAUUCGAGAUCUAAUUUUCCUUGUGUUUCGUCGAUGUAGCGGCGUUUUUUGCCAGUGCAAAAAGGAGGCGAGAGAACGCUUAUACAACACCUCUAGUACUAUCUGCAAGCAGGAAUCGAAGCAUUUUUUUUAGAAAUAUAUUAAUUUAUAUUAAUUUAUUUUUGUUGGAGGAUUUUUGUGUGACAUAUAGGUCUAUGCGAUCAUCCGUUAACAGCAGCAGCCGCCUGGAUCGACACUAUUAACAGUCGCCGCUUUUUCACCUACUAACACCUCCCACGCCUUUGACCGGGGUACCGGUAGGCCUGCACGCAGGCCUGCCCGCCCAUAUCACCUCUCCACCUCACACAACCCAGCUUACCUACGCCCACGAUGGAGCAGGUUGGUCGAGCAGUGCGACGGGCGGCUCCCAAGAGCUGGCCUUGCCUGCGUCAGGUUCUGUCGAGGGGCGAGACUCUACUACUCCCUUCGAAGUGCAUGCCUUCUCCCUUGUCAGCCGCCCAGUACAGGCAGUUCAGUCAUAGAUACGCUGCUUCUUCUUUUCGCUGUUGUUCUUCUUGUUGUUCUACCCCCGCUGUUAGCAGAGCUGCUGCUGCUGCUACUGGUGGUGGUGGUGGUGCUGUUGUUUCUCCCGCUGCUGCUGUAACUGCUGCUGCUGCUGUUCCUGCUGGUGCAUGUGCCGCUUCUUUCCAUACUCAUAGAAAAACCGUUGGCUAGCUUCCUGCGGAGAAGGAGCCUUCCAGACGUCGCUCUCGAUUCAUGGGAGUCGUACUCGGAAAAUCGAAGGUCGACGCCCGUCAAUGUGGAGGACCUGCUCUUCGAUAUGUUCAAAGAUGAGACUGACAACAAGGUUCAUAUGGGACGCUUUCUAGCGGCAAUCACAGACACGGGGCUCCGGAAGACAGAUCCGAGAUUAUCCGAGCUCAGGAAGAACCUGAUGGAGGUGCACACGAGCAUGGAAUACACAGACGAGUCCUCCGUGAACGCCAUGCUGCUGGAAAGAGGAAACUUUAAGAGGCACCAGAGAUCGCGGUCACAAAGCCCAUCGGUCAACGGGUCGCCUUCCCACCGCGCGCCCAUCACCUCGCCCACUUCCAGAUGGCUCAACAGAACGCAGUUCAAGAAAGUCAUCCAAGACAACAUAGUCCUGAUCUCGAGGGCUCUGAGACACCAGUUCGUCAUUCCGGACUGGCAUGACUUCACGGCCUACAUCGAGGAGUUCUACUGGUCCGUCAAGACUUUAACGGACGGGAAGGUCGCUUCCUACAUUCCCCAACUGACGAGGUUCAGCCCUGACCACUGUGGCGUAUCCGUUUGCUCAGUGGACGGGCAGAGGUAUUCCAUCGGGGACACCGACGUCAAUUUCACCAUGCAGUCCUGUAGUAAACCAAUCACCUACGGGAUUGCCCUGAACGAGCUCGGUAAUGAGAUGGUCCACAAGUAUGUCGGUACUGAACCCAGCGGUAGGAUGUUCAACGCUAUCGUCCUGGAUUACAAUGAUAAACCACACAAUCCUUUGGUCAACGCGGGAUCCAUUCUCGUCAAUGGUUUGCUUCAGUCGCUCGUUAAAUCCGAGAUGUCGUCCUCGGAGAAAUUCGACUUCGUCCAGCAGUAUUUCAAGCGCCUGGCGGGAGGCGAAUACGUGGGCUUCAGCAACGGCACCUUCUUGUCGGAGAAGGAGAACGCAGACAGGAAUUACUCCCUGGGCUACUACAUGAGAGAGAACAAGUGCUUUCCCGAAAACUGCGACCUUAUGGCUUCCUUAGAUUUGUAUUUCCAGUGCUGCUCGAUGGAAGUGACCGCCGAGAGCAUGGCAGUCAUGGCGGCGACCUUAGCCAACGGCGGCAUCUGUCCGAUCACGGGAGAUCAGGUCAUGAAGCCCAAUGCCGUCAGGGACGUCCUCUCCCUCAUGCACUCCUGCGGCAUGUACGACUACUCCGGCCAGUUCGCCUUCAAGGUCGGUCUUCCUGCCAAGUCCGGGGUAUGCGGGGCCAUCAUGCUGGUCAUACCCAACGUCAUGGGCAUCUGUAUCUGGUCUCCGCCUCUUGACCCCCUGGGGAACUCCGUUCGCGGUCUUAAGUUCUGUGAGGAACUGGUACAAGUCUUCAACUUCCACCGAUACGACAACCUUCGCCACGCCGCGAAUAAGAAGGACCCGCGAAAGCAGAAGUUCGAGUCCCGUGGCCAGAAGGUGGUGUCACUGCUCUUCUCGGCAUGCUCCGGAGACGUCACUGCAAUGAGGAGAUAUGCCCUGGCCGGCCUCAACAUGGCUGAGAGCGACUACGACGGGAGAACUGCCCUGCAUCUGGCAGCGGCCGAGGGUCACAUGGACACAGUCGUGUUCCUUCUGGAGAAGUGCAAAGUCCCCCCAGCGCCGAAGGACAGAUGGGGCCACACGCCAGUCUCCGACGCGGUGGAGUUCGGUCACCCGGAAGUGGCCGAAUACAUCAAGGAAUACGAAGUGAAGCUGGAAGAGGAGAAACAGAAGUCCAUCAUCCGGGAGGACGAAGAGGAGACGCAGGCCGAACAGUAAAGACCGAUACAAAUAUUUCCAGAGAAAAUCAGGACAGGAAAAUACGAGCUGUGCUUUCGUCGGGAACUCAGAGGAGAUAAAUUAUCUUGGAGCGAGAACGUCCACUCUAUUUCAGGGAUGAAAUUCCGCUACGUGUGUGAUUAUGUUUUCCACAGGGGCUUAAGUUAAGUGUACAGUAGCGUGAAGGUUUAUUUAUCCAUUUUUUUUUUUCUAUCCAAACAGGGUGAGUAAGCGUGUAGUACUACUAAGCAUAAGAGAUGAUAGCAAUCACACUUUAUUGAUUUCGUGCGUUUGAUGGCACAGCUUCCGUAAAAAAAAAAAUUGCUGUUGCCGUCGAAACAAAACUGAGUCGUAUUCUUCGUCCCUUCUCAUAACAAACCCGGUCCCUUAGGGACCUUGGAAACGAAAAGACAGUAUUAAAAGAGGAGACGAACGAAGCGCAACGCUAUCGAGGUGUCACGGUCUAUAAAGGAAGACCUCGGUCUGCGUUAUCCUCUCUACGGAACAUUAGCAUUCGUAGCAUUUUGUUUUCUGCGUCGUUCAGAGGCGUCGCCCGCAGUUGUCAGUCGAUGAUUUGUGCCGUUAGUCCCUCCAAGGAUUCUGUUAGGUUAAGGCUGGGUCUUUUUCCCCUCAGGGAAAGAGGCGCUCGGCGAUUAGAUUAAAGCAAAGGUUCUUUUCCUUACUCCAAUACUCCCGUCGCCUACUCGUGCAAUAUUAGGCGAAGUCCGACGCAUCGAGAUGAGCAGUAUUCUAGCGACAAAAAAAGAA